CGCUCAUAAAAGAGAGCUUGAUUUGUCUGAAAAAGAGGAUUCUACAGAUUUCAAACAGACGAAAAGACAGCAGAAGAAGCAGAAGAAAUCUCAUGCAGCUGCACUCAGUACUAACAAACCGACCAUGUCUUUCGACUUGAACCAAAUAAGUAAGCGCAACAAUAGAUAUGGUAUACAUGAUAUACGUGACUUGGUAUUGCAUUUAGCUGCAGAUGGCCAGAAGAAGAACUGGAUGAACGUCAUCCAUCACUCCAACAUACAGCACACCGUGGUACUCAUGGUAUCUGGAAUCACGAGCGAAAGUCUAGGUAUCAAUAAGCCUGCGAUAAAUGCUACUCAUCCGUUCUCCUUAUCAGCAGAGGAUGCAGAGGCCAACAAACUUCCAAUUAUCAAUCAGUUAUACUCACAUGGUCUUCCUGUCAGAGCUCCAGGUGAUAGUCAACGUCUCUAUUCUCCUGCUCAACAUAUCCUCAAUUCACCAAUUCCACCACCUGAGAAGCUCAGACAGCAGAAAGUAGCACAAGAGAAGGCUGGUGUCAACCUCUCCAACCCAGGGAAGCUGUCUCCGCCAGUAUUCCUCAUCGAUAUUGAUCAGAUGCGUGAAAAUGCCUAUCCUAUGCCAUCUUGGCUGGGCGACGACGUGCGAGCACUCCCAGAUUAUCCUUUACCUUUAAAUGAUGGGAUCGAAGACCCACAACCGUUAGAUAAUCUCCCAGUUGAACAUCGCACUACUAUACAAGAAGAUGGUUGGCUCGAAACUCCAAAAUUGGAUAUAUAUCCACGUUCAAACAAUCCACAAGUAUAUGGUUUAGAUUGUGAGAUGGUUAUGACAGACCAAGGCUCGGAAUUAGCUAGGGUCACUCUUAUAGAUUAUGCAACAUCCCAAAAGGUCCUCGAUGAAUUGGUCAAGCCAGCUGGGAAUGUAGUUGACUAUCUUUCAAAAUACUCUGGUAUUACUCGCGAAAUCUUAGACGGUGCAGUAUUGAAUCAUGAGGAAGCACAGAGGAAAUUCGCAGAUUUUAUUACACCAUCGACAAUCCUACUCGGUCAUUCACUUGAGUCUGACUUUAAGGCUAUAAAACUUCGUCAUCCCUGGGUUAUCGAUACCGCGUUGGUGUAUGAGCACCCUCGUAGGAUGCCAUUCAAACCUUCUUUGAAAUGGUUGAUGAAGAAAUGGUGCGACAAAGACAUCCAAAGUGGAAAUGAUGGACACGAUCCAGAAGAAGACGCCAAGAGUUGUCUCGAAUUACUGAGGAAGAAGAUCCAAUACGGUCGGAAUUUCGGUAGUUUACCGAACGACAUGGAGUCUAUAUUCGCAAGGAUUGCACGGGUGAAGCAGUCACAUCUAGCAGACACAAAUGAGGAUCACAAAGUGGGUGCUUGCGUAGACUAUGGUAAUCCCGCCCAGUUCCAUGGUAUGAAAGCUAAGACGAGUAUUUCAUGCAAGAAUGACGACGAGGUGAUAGAUGGGAUAAUAAAAACAGCUCAAGAUCAUGAUCUUGUGUACGGUCGUCUUACUGAAUUACAAAUAGCGCUCGGAUGGAGCAACACAUCUAAUGACAAAGAGACAACGCGCGGAGAUUCAGACAACACUAUCCAGAGUGCGCCACUUGAUUCUGCCUACCAAGCGCUCAAUGAGCGGAUAAAAAGGUUACAUGACGCCCUCAAACCGAACACGGCACUUGUGAUAAUAAGCCCACAUUCAGAUCCGCGUCCGUCGCUUGAACUCAACCAGCGUCGACUCGCUUUCCAGGAUCUCUACAAAGCAGCAAACACAGAUGUUAGCAAAAUAGACAAAGACAAAAUCUACACUCGUGAAGAUGACGAAAGACUAUUGCACGAGGCAGAAAUAGCCAAAUCUGGUAUGACAUUCUUCCGUAUAAAAUGAAUAUUGUAUGCAUUUUUAUAAUUAUAUCUAUU